AUGGCUUUCAAUUUUAACCCGCCUUCUACAAGCGGUGGAAGUGGGCAGUCGCCAUUUGCAACUUCCAAUACACCAGCAUCAUCGGGAGGAGGUCUCUUUGGAAGUGCACCAACAUCGACAGCAAACACGGGGUCUUUCAGUUUUGGCGGGUUCAACUCACCAACUACCGCGCCUACAACAUCUACUCAGCAGCAAGGGUUUUUGGCUACUGGUGGUGCAAAAGAUAACAAGCCUGCUGCCUUCAACCCCUUCGGACAGCAGAGUGGCGGUUUGCUCAAUUCUGCGCCCAAGAACCUCUUCGGGUCGAAGACGGACAGCAGUGAUACUACCAAGCCAGCCUUUGGAGGAUUUGGAGGGUUUGGCACGCCAGACAAGUCAUCUACGCCAGCAACAUCCGGCCCAUCUUUGUUUGGCUCUACAACCCCUGCUACCAACAAGCCAUUCGGUCUCGGUACGACUUCGACCACUCCAGCUGGACCUCCUCCGGCCAGCUCAGCCUUUGGCGCAAGUACAGGCGGUGCUGGUGCAGGCCCGGGCAUUUUUGGCACAAAGCCAACUGAAGAUGCGUCCAAGCCUACAUUUUCGCUUGGUAACCCUACCACGGCAGCCUCGUCGACUUCCACAAACCUCUUUGGUGGUCUAUCUGGCGGGUUUUCUUUCCCAAAACCAGCUGCGUCCACGUCCACCGUAACCCCGUCAUUGACUGCUGCUUCUGCUCCCGAACAGAAGGCCUUUUCGCUUGGCCAGCCUACCUCCAACGCAACGAAUACUUCAGCACCGGCAACCUCGCAACUAUCUGCUGCUCCCAUUUCAGGCACCACACAAAGUCUUUUCGGGAAACCAGCAGCUACGGACGCUUCUGGGCCAGCCGCAAAGCCGAGUUUUCCAUCAUUCGGGCAGCCUUCUGCAACACAGACUUCAGGCGCAGCCACGCCUGCUCCUGCCUCAAAGCCUCUCUUCCCAGGGUUCAACCUUGGUGGAACUUCCAGCUCGGCUCCAGUAACCACUUCAGCCACCACGACUGCACCCGCAACUACCGCAAACCUGUUUUCUUUUGGGGCUCCAGCCACCGCGACGACAUCUCAGCCUGCCAGCACUUCUGCCCCUGCGGCAAGCCCUUUCUUUGGCAAGCCGGCGACAGCGACGGCGACAACACAGCCUGCUACUACAUCGGCCCCUGCACCUAGCGCUUUCUCGUUUCCCAAACCGGCAGCACCAUCAACUUCACAACCUGCUGCCGCUAUAACGACGUCUGCUCCGACAGCUGGGACCGCCACUGCGCCGAACCCAUUUCAAGGCACUAUUGGCGGCCAGACAUCAACAACGGGUCCAAUCCCGCCGGCUCAGUCCCGUCUUCGUAAUAAAACCAUGGACGAGAUCCUUACCCGCUGGGCAACUGACAUGUCCCGUUAUUCAAAAGAAUUCAAGGACAACGCAGAGACCAUUGCGCGGUGGGAUCAACUGAUCGUUGACAACUCAUCCAAGAUCGAUAAACUGUACGUGCGCGCUCGAACAUGCGAACGGCAGACCAUGAGUGUGGACAUGCAACUUGCCGCUGUUGAGAACUCACAAGUGGAGUUAGAGUCUUGGUUAAGCAAAUACGAGAGCGAUGUGGAUGAGAUGCUUGCCAAAGAUUCUUCUACUCCUAGUGAGAUGGGCGGACCGGACCAAGAGAGGGAGAGGACGUACAAACUUGCGGAGAAGUUGGGCGAGAGACUAGAGGAGAUGGAGAGAGAUCUGGAAAGUAUGGUCGAUGAAGUCAAUGCGGCAAAUGCGACCCUGAGCAGGAGCGGAAAGGGGGAUGAACCAGUAAGCAGAACUGACCUCCAAUAUCGAUUUUGUGGAGUGUUGGAGCUAACAAGCCUGUGGCAGAUCACACAGAUCGUCAAGAUCCUCAAUUCGCACCUGAUACAGCUCCAAGCUAUCGAUCAAGGAACUCAGGUUUUACAAGAGAAAAUUGCAGGGGCACAAAAGGCGGCAGGCCAACUAGGUUAUCUGAGUGGCUACAAGUCAUCUUCGACAACCGAUGGAAGCAACACUGGUGCAGCCGUCCAGGAUUUCUAUCGGAGUUAUAUGGGGAGGAGAUCAUGA